AUGAAUGAUCGUGUGAACACAUGCGUCAUAAAAUGCGUCGAGAUGUCGCAGGCAAUGCAACAAGAGGCAAUUGCAGUCUCCACAACCGCUCUACAGGAAUACAACAUUGAAAAGGAUGUUGCCAAGUACAUCAAGAAGGAAGUCGAACUGCUGUUCUUCUAUUCCGAUCCGGAUGACUCAUCAAUGCAGCGUGCAUGCAGAAACUACCGGCGUUCUCUUUGUUUGGCUUAUAUGAGCAUAUUUUUUGUUGAGCUGUUGAGUUUAUCCUGCACAGCACGUGACUUUCCCAUGACGUUUGUCCUG